AUGAAGUCCCCAAUGUUUAUCUUGACAGCUUUGCUCCCCAUUGCUGUGCAGGUUGCAGUGGCAGCCCCAACAGCGGAAGCAUUUGAUGGCUCGCUUGAGGAGAGAGGCAAUGGUAACUUUGGUGGCCAUGAUGGUCAUAGGGGAGAUCGUGACCACGACCGUGACCAUGACCGUGACCCUUGUGUUGUUCGCAGGACAUACUCGUACUACAAGUAUCCCUGUGUGUCGAGUGACAAGGUUGGCGAGUCCAAGGUUGGGGAUAAGUUCCAGCCUGUCUGCAAGUACCAGAACUGGUACAAGAACUCCAAGGGUUGGUGGGUUUUGCAAGAGAACAAGCCUUUCCGUUGCGAGGUCAACCCUCCUCAAUGCCCCUAG